AUGGCUACCGAUUCCAAAGUCGCUGAUGACAGCAGUACACCUCCUUCGUAUGACACAAUCUUAGCAAGUCCCAUUCAAUGCGAUCAAUCAUCUAUAUUUUCCUUUGGUCUCAUGAAGAAAAAACGUACAGCUGUUCUAUCCCGCAUCCGUGACAUCGUCUUAGCCCCUGACUUCACCCCUUCUUCUGUGGUUCCAAAUGUCAAUGCCUGCGCUGCCGCUCUCCCAGCUACCGAGUUCUCCAAUAUCCUGACACAACUCAAUAUCGAGGGCCACACAGCACUGUAUUGGGCAAUUGUGAACGAUCGACCACAAGCUCUUUGGACAUUUAUAAAGUUCAUUUCCGGCACGAGUCCCUCUGUUUCUUCCGACUUGCGCAUUGCUUGCAUGAUAACCAACGACCACACAAUGUUUACGGAGCUCAAUUUUGGAAACUGUAAACAGGCGUUCGAGAUGCUUUUAGGAUGUCUACCAGGUGAAAUCCAGGUACAUACAUGCGACAAACCCAUCAACCAGUUCGAUGUUGUUCUUCGAAUCAGGAUGUUCCAGAAACGCCUGCGCACUGCUACUGACAAAAGUCUGCGCUUCGAAUUUGUCGCAGGAGGACGCAUAUGGUGGCUUCGCUUCUACAUACCAGAGCCUAGCAAUGGAUCAUGCCGCGCCGGUAUUGGUCUCAGUCAGCAUAGCUAUCAAGCGUGUUUUAAGGCUGUACUUUUGAUCGAGGCACAUAGCCGGAAACCUGGUCAUGCAGCCCCACAUGAAGCGCUGAAAGUUUUAUUGUCAUCGAAAGACUCCACAAAAUGUGUGGCCCUUGCACCCCGGCGGUAG